AUGGGAAGUUUGUUGAGACCGGUUGAUCUGGUAAAUCAACCGCUUGGAUUCCAAGAAAGAUAUAAAAUUUUGCAGAAAUUAUUCAAGCAGCUACAAAAGGCAUAUGCACACACAAAAGGAACUAAUAUUGACCUUGAAAGACUUGCCACUCGCUUAGAAGUCCAUGUUGCUAAAAACAGCUUGUCUGGUCAGAGUUACAAGUUUAACAUGAGCAUUUUACUGCGGGAUGUGCUUAAAUAUAAAGGAGAUCUCUCGAAGAUCAAAAUUAAUGGGCGCCCCCUUAAAGGAGCUAAGCCUCAUUUAUCCUCAAUUGGUAAUGCAAACUCUAUCACUACAAAAUCAAAAGCGAUGGAAGCUUUAAAGGCUCUGAUUUUGGAUUCGAAGGUCUUAGAGAAAAAUGGGUAUAUUGUUAAGGAAAUGCAAAAUAAAACUAAUGAUGACAAUAGUACGCAACUGUAUGCACCUUGUUUGCGUUGCAGCUCAAAUUUCAAAAAAACAGACAUCAUGGAAAAGACUCUAUGUAGGUAUCACCCUUUGAAAAGAAUAUACAACAGAGAUACCAAGAACCAUCAGUAUCCAUGCUGUGGUGAAACUACUGAUUCCGUUUCUUUUCUAAGGCUAGGAUGCAAGACGUUUUUUCACCAUGUGUUUAGAGGAGAAUCAUAUGACGAGUUAUGCAAAAUUUCGAAGUUUUCUAGUACAGAUGACAUUGAUGGUGUUGAGAAUGUUCUUUCUCUUGACUGUGAAAUGGCUUUUACAUCAUUGGGCUAUGAGAUGAUACGUUUAACAAUUGUGGAUUUUUUCACCGGCAAGACACUAUUUGAUCAUGUAAUUCAGCCAAUAGGGGAUAUUGUCGAUCUGAAUUCAGACUUCAGUGGUGUCCAUGAGAUUGACCGAACCAAUUGCCCGACGUACAAGGAGGCACUUGAUGUUUUUUUAUCCGAAAACUUAAUAAAUAAAAAUAGUAUUCUUAUAGGGCACGGACUAGAGAACGAUCUGAACGUCAUGAGGCUAUUUCAUAAUAAGGUUAUAGAUACUGCAAUACUUUAUUCAAGAACAAAGUUUAAGGUUUCUUUGAAGAACUUAGCGUUUGAAGUUUUGAGUAGAAAAAUCCAAAAUGGCGAGCAUGAUAGUUCUCAAGAUGCAAUAGCAACGAUGGACGUUGUUAAAGUCAAAAUAGGUAUUUCUCCAAGUCAAAACAAGUGGGAAAAAUAA